UAUUUGGCAAUGACAAUAUUGUGGGAACUCAUGGGAAAGUUGCCUCUCCCUUAUGGCCUGGAAAUUACCCUCACAACUCUGAUUACCAAUGGAUAGUAAAUGUGAAUGCCUCUCAAGUUGUCCAUGGUAGGAUCUUGGAGAUGGACAUUGAAUCAACACACAACUGCUAUUAUGAUAAAUUAAGGAUUUAUGAUGGCGCUGGCAUUCAUUCUCGCCCCAUUGGAACGUACUGUGGUGCUCAGACUGACUCUUUUAGCUCCACAGGAAGUUCUUUGACAUUUCAGUUUUCUUCUGACUCUUCAGUCUCAGGGAAAGGAUUCCUUCUAGAGUGGUUUGCAGUGAAUGCUGCUAUUUAUGAUGGCGCUGGCAUUCAUUCUCGCCCCAUUGGAACGUACUGUGGUGCUCAGACUGACUCUUUUAGCUCCACAGGAAGUUCUUUGACAUUUCAGUUUUCUUCUGACUCUUCAGUCUCAGGGAAAGGAUUCCUUCUAGAGUGGUUUGCAGUGAAUGCUGCUGUUGGACCCUUACCUACCAUUGCUACAGGUGCCUGUGGUGGGUUCCUGAGGACAGGAGAGGCGCCAGCCUUUCUUUUCUCCCCAGGCUGGCCCCAAAACUACGGGAACAGGGCUGACUGUGUGUGGCUUAUCCAGGCUCCUGACUCCACUGUGGAACUCAACAUCCUCUCCCUGGACAUCGAAUCUCAUGGAACAUGCAACUAUGAUAAACUUGUGAUACGAGAUGGAGACAAUAACAUGGCCCAGCAGCUGGCAGUUCUCUGUGGCAGAGAGAUCCCGGGACCCAUCCGGUCCACUGGAGAGUACAUGUGGCUCCGGUUCACCUCGGACUUCAGUGUGACCAGGGCGGGCUUCAAUGCCUCCUUUCACAAGAGUUGUGGUGGAUAUUUGCAUGCAAACAGAGGAAUUAUCACAUCACCCAACUAUCCGGAGACCUACCCUCCCAACCUCAACUGCUCUUGGCACGUCCUGGUUCAGAGUGGCCUGACCAUCGCUGUCCAUUUUGAGCAGCCCUUCCAGAUUGCAAAUGGGGACUCUUCUUGUAACGAGGGGGACUACCUGGGGCUAAAAAAUGGACCUGACAUCUCUUCUCCACCCAUGGGACCUCAUGGAGGAAAUGGUCAUUUUUGUGGCAGUCGCCCUUCAUCCACUCUGUUCACCUCAGAUAAUCAAAUGUUCGUUCAGUUCAUUUCUGAUAAUAGUAAUGGAGGGCAAGGAUUUAAGAUCAAAUAUGAGGCAAAGAGUUUAGCCUGCGGGGGUAAUAUCUACAUCCAUGAUGUGGAUUCUGUUGGCUACGUGACCUCGCCCAACCACCCGGACAAUUAUCCGCAGCACGCUGAUUGCAUUUGGCUCAUAGCUGCUCCUCCUGGAAAGCUCAUAAGGCUACAGUUUGAAGAUCAAUUCAAUAUUGAAGUAACACCCAACUGUACAUCCAAUUAUCUUGAGUUGCGAGAUGGAGCUGAUUCAAAUGCACCAAUAAUUUCCAAGUUGUGUGGUACCUCUUUGCCCAGAAGUCAGUUGUCCUCAGGAGAGGUGAUAUAUUUGAGAUUCCGGUCUGACAACGACUCCACUCGUGUGGGAUUCAAGGCCAAGUAUUCUAUAGCCCGGUGUGGGGGAACAUUGACAGGGCAAAGUGGUGUCAUCCAAAGCAUCGGAUACCCAACACUUGCAUAUUCAGACGAUUUAUUAUGUGAGUGGCAUCUCAGGGGUCCCUCAGGACACUAUCUCACCAUCCAUUUUGAAGACUUUAACCUUCAGAAUUCCUCUGGCUGUGAAAAAGACUUUGUUGAGAUCUGGGAAAACCAUACCUCUGGAAAUUUACUGGGCAGAUACUGUGGAAACAUCAUUCCUGACAGCGUGGACACUUCUAGCAAUGUUGCUUUGGUCCGGUUUGUCACAGAUGACUCUCUUACUGCCCCAGGAUUCAGACUGCGGUUUGAAUCCAGUCUGGAAGAAUGUGGUGGAGAUCUACAGGGCCCUACUGGAACAUUUACUUCUCCCAACUACCCUAACCCAAAUCCUCACGGCCGGAUCUGUGAGUGGAGAAUCACUGUGCAGGAAGGAAGGCAGGUCACACUAACUUUUAACAACCUGAGGCUGGAAGCUCAUCAGUUCUGCAACAGCGAGCGUGUGACAGUGUUCAAUGGCAUUAGAAGUAACUCACCCGUGCUCGGGAAGCUAUGUAGCAGUGUGAAUAUAAGUGAUGAGAUCAAAUCUUCAGGAAAUACAAUGAAAGUCAUUUAUUUCACCGAUGGGUCCAGGCCAUAUGGAGGCUUCAGUGCUUCCUACACAUCCAGUGAAGAUGCAGUGUGUGGUGGGGCCCUUACCAACUCCCUGGAAGGAAACUUUACUUCUCCUGGCUAUAAUGGAGUCAGCAAUUAUUCAAGAAACCUGAACUGUGAAUGGACUCUCAGCAAUCCAACUCAGGGAAAUUCAUCCAUUUACAUUCAUUUUGAGAGUUUUUACCUAGAAAGUCACCAAGACUGUCAGUUUGAUGUCCUAGAGUUCCGAGUGGGUAAUGCUGAUGGGCCUCUGAUAUGGAGACUUUGUGGACCUGUAGCAUCUACAGUGCCAUUGGUUAUACCUUAUUCUCAGGUAUGGAUACACUUUGUCACCAAUGAACGUGUUGAACAUACUGGAUUCCAUGCAGAGUAUUUCUUUACAGACUGCGGUGGAAUACAAACAGGUGAGAGUGGAGUGAUCGCAAGCCCCAACUAUCCAGCUUCGUAUGACAGCUUGACCCACUGUGCUUGGUUGUUGGAAGUCCCACAAGGUGACACCAUCACUCUUACGUUUAGUGACUUUGACAUUGAAAGCCAUAGCACCUGUGCUUGGGACUCUGUCACUGUCAGGAAUGGUGGUUCUCCCGGAUCGCCCAUCAUAGGACACUACUGUGGAAUGUCAAGCCCCAGUCCAAUCCAGUCUGGCUCUAACCAGCUGGUGGUGAUUUUCAAUUCAGACCAUUCGGUGCAAAAUGGUGGAUUUUAUGCUACAUGGAGCAUGCACACUUUAGGCUGUGGUGGAAUACUUCACUCAGACAACGGUACAAUCAGAUCCCCUCACUGGCCUCAGAAUUUUCCUGAGAACAGCAGAUGUUCCUGGACAGUCAUUACUCACGAAAGUAAUCACUUGGAAAUCAGCUUUGACAAUAACUUCCUAAUCCCCAGUGGUGAUGGACAGUGUCAUUACAGCUUUGUGAAGGUGUGGGCAGGAACUGAGGAGAUGGACACAGCCCUGUUAGCCACGAGCUGUGGGAAUGUGGCUCCCAGUGCCAUCAUCACUCCAAGAAAUGCAUUCACGGCCGUGUUCCAGUCUCAGGAGGCCCCAGCCCCGGGCUUCUCUGCCACCUUUGUAAGCCGAUGUGGAAGCAAUUUCACUAAACCUUCAGGCUACAUUAUUUCUCCAAACUACCCGAAGCAAUAUGACAACAACAUGAAUUGCACUUAUUUCAUAGAAGCUAAUCCUCUGUCUGUGGUCUCCUUGACUUUUGUGUCUUUCCAUUUGGAAGCUCGCUCAGCCGUAACGGGAAGCUGUGACAAUGACGGCCUGCACAUUAUCAGGGGCCACAGCGUAGCCUCCACACCUUUUGCUACCGUGUGUGGUGAUGAGGUCCUGUCUCGUAUUACCAUCUCUGGUCCAGUGCUGCUUAACUUCUACUCUAAUUCGCACACCACCGACUUCGGAUUUAAGCUUUCCUACCAGAUAACCUCCUGUGGUGGUGUGUUCAACUUCUCCACUGGAAUCAUCAAAAGCCCUGCCUAUUCAUACUCAGACUACCCUAACAACAUGUACUGCUUGUAUAACAUCACUGUGAGAGACAACAAAGUGAUUCUGCUCAAGUUCACUGAUUUUGAUGUGGCUCUCUCCACCUCCUGCUCCCAAGACUACCUGGCAAUUUAUGAUGGUUACAACAUCAGUGAUCCUCCUCUUGGCAAAUUCUGUGGUUCUAAGCUUCCACCAAAUGUUAAGAGCAGUAAUAACAGUAUGCUCCUGGUGUUCAAGACAGAUGCAUUUCAAACAGCAAGAGGUUGGGUGAUAACUUUCCGGCAGACACUGGGGCCUCAACAAGGAUGUGGUGGCUAUCUGACAGGCUCCAAUAGCACCUUUGCCUCUCCUGAUUCUGAUGCAAAUGGAAGAUAUGACAAGAAUUUAAACUGCAUAUGGUUCAUAAUUGCCCCUGUAAACAAACUCAUUAAACUCACCUUCAAUACAUUUGCUCUGGAGUCAGCAUCUACUUUGCAAAGAUGCAUUUAUGACUAUGUAAAGUUAUAUGAUGGGGAGAGUGAAAAUGCCAAGCUGGCCGGAACAUUCUGUGGUUCCACUGUACCCGCUCCCUUUGUCUCUUCUGGGAACUUCCUGACAGUUCAAUUUGUCAGUGACAUAAGUUUAGAAAGGGAAGGAUUUAAUGCCACAUAUACCUUCAUCAACAUGACUUGUGGUGGAACAUAUAAUGCAACUUGGACCCCACAAAAUAUUUCCUCACCCAAUGCAUCAAACCCAGAUGUCCCACUUUCCACCUGCACGUGGGUCUUCGAAGCUCCUCCGCAUCAGCAGGUCGAGAUAACCGUGUGGGCAUUCCAGCUGCAGUCUCGGGACUGCCACCAGAAUUACUUGGAGUUUCAGGACACACCGGAGAGUAGUGGAAAUGCAAGAAUUCACUUCUGUGGCAGAAAUGCAACAGCUGUACCAACGUUUUAUUCUUCUAUGAGCACUGCCAUUGUCAUUUUCAAGUCCGAAGCUUUUAAUGACAACUCUAGAGUGAGUUUUACCUAUCAGAUUGCAGGUUGUAACAGAAACUAUAAAAAGGUGUUUGGCAAUCUGAAGAGCCCCGGAUGGCCUGCUAAUUAUAACAGUGACAUGGAUUGCACUGUUACUCUCACAGCCCCACAGAACUACUCUAUUUCCCUCUUCUUCCACUCCUUUGGCAUCGAGGACUCAAGUGAAUGCAGACAUGACUUCUUGGAGGUAAGAAAUGGAAGUGAUAGCAGUUCGCCAUUACUCGGCACAUAUUGCGGAACUCUGUUGCCAAAUCCUAUCUUCUCUCAAAAUAAUGAACUGUACCUGCGAUUUAAGAGUGAUAGUGCAACUUCCAGUCGUGGAUAUGAAAUUAUCUGGACCUCAUCCCCCUCUGGCUGUGGUGGAACUCUUUAUGGCGACCAUGGCUCCUUCACCAGCCCCGGCUAUCCGGGCACUUACCCAAACCACACUCACUGUGAAUGGGCCAUCACCGCUCCUGCUGGAAGACUUGUCACCGUCAACUUUUACUUCAUCAGCAUUGACGAUCCUGGAGACUGUGUCCAGAACUAUCUUAUACUCUAUGAUGGACCAGAUGUUAAUUCUCCAUCCUCUGGACCAUAUUGUGGCACAGACACUAACAUAGCUCCCUUUGUGGCCUCCUCACAUCGGGUCUUCGUAGAAUUUCAUGCAGAAUAUGCAGUGCGCCCGUCAGCAAUACAGUUAACCUGGGACAGCUGAGGGCGCCACACUGAUUCAGCCCUGUGGCUCAUCUGCAGGAGCCUCAGACAUCGCCCUGGACAGAGUUCUGCCAUCCUGAGCUGUGACCCUGCCUCUGCCACUGAGAGUAACUUUAACACUUGUUUUUCACCAAAGAAUGUGGGGAAUCAAUAUUUGUACAUUUUUAAAAACGUAGAACAUAGCUUCUUUAAUUUUGGCUGUGCUCGUCAUCCUUAAUGCUAAUAUUUGAGCUGAAAUUUUCUAAAAUUCCCUAAAGAGUUGGAAAUGAUUA